GGCAAAGAGAAACCCGGCGAGCGAGAGAGGAAGUGAGCGUGUGUGUGUGCUGAGCAGUGAAGACACAGAAAGUCUGAAAGCGCACAUCAACACGAGAGCGUGUGAGGCAGAGCCGACCCCCGGCAACUCUGAAGAGUGACACAGAGAGAAGAGGAAGAAACAGCAGAGGAAGAGAAGGACUGAAGACACACUACCAGCUCUGGUAAAAGGAGACACCACUGAGGGACUGUAGCAUCCGUCCCCCCCUACUCCAGUAGCACAGAGGAGCACUGUCUCAUCCUGUGCAUGAGUUGGUGCCUGCCAACUUCAAUUUCACACUCGCCCACUGUUUUCCGUAGGUUUUGCCCUCUCCACUCCACAGUCAUGAUCCCUUGGGUCCUCCUGCAGCUCCUGUGGAUCUCCGGACACGGUGCCCAGGCCAUGUUUUCCCAGCAGCCCCAGGACUUAGUGGUGGUGGCAGGCCAGCCUGUGACAUUACCAUGCACUAUCCCCGGGUACCAUGGCGUUGUCUUAUGGAUCAAAGAUGGCCUGGCGCUGGGAGUUGGCAGAGACCUCGCUGGCUAUCCUCGUUACACAGUGAUUGGCGACCACGGUUCAGGAGAGCAUCAUUUGCGGAUCCAGCGGGUGGAGCUGAUGGAUGAUGCUGUGUUUGAGUGCCAGGCUGUCCAGGCUGCCAUGAGGUCCAGUCCUGCUCGCCUCACUGUGCUCGUUCCCCCAGAGGACCCGGUCAUCAGUGGAGGGCCGGUGGUGAGCUUAAGAGCUGGAGAUCCCCUCAAUCUGACCUGCCAUGCCGACAACGCCAAGCCGGCAGCCUCCAUCGCCUGGAUCCGCAACGGACAGGUCCUUAAUGGGGCCAUGAACUCCAAGGUAAGCAUGGAGACCUUGCUGCGGGACGGCAGAAGAGAAAGCACCGUGAGCACGCUCUACCUCUCGCCUUCCAACAUCGAGACGGGUCAGCAGAUCACCUGCAAAGCCUCCAACAAGGCAGUCCCCAAUGGCAAGGAGACCAGCGUCACAAUUGACAUCCAGCAUCUCCCACUUGUCAAUCUCUCAGUGGAACCUCAGCCAGUUAUGGAGGGACACCUUGUGAAGUUCCACUGCUCUGCAAAGGCCAACCCUCCUGUCACACUGUACAGGUGGGCCAAAGGAGGAAGCAUAAUCAAGGAGGUCUCCAGCGACACAUAUGAGGUUAUUGUAGACCACUCCUUCUUUACAGAGCCCGUCUCCUGCGAGGUUACCAACCCUCUUGGCAGCACCAACAUCAGCCGCAAUGUGGACGUCCACUUUGGUCCUCGCAUGGCUGCGGAGCCUCAGUCCUUGCAGGUGGACCUUGGAUCUGAUGCCGUGUUCAACUGUGCCUGGACAGGAAAUCCCUCUCUUACUAUAGUGUGGAUGAAGAGGGGCUCUGGAGUGGUUCUUAGCAAUGAAAACCUCCUGACGCUGAAAUCCGUCAGACAGGAGGAUGCUGGGAAAUACGUUUGCCGCGCUGUGGUCCCGCGCGUAGGAAACGGGGAGAAGGAUGUGUCUCUCACUGUCAAUGGCCCACCUACUAUAUCCAGUACACAGACUCAGCAAGCGCUACAUGGAGAAAAAGGACAAAUCAAAUGUUUCAUUCGAAGUACACCUCCUCCAGACCGCAUCGCCUGGUCAUGGAAGGAAACCGUGUUGGAGUCGGGAACGUCCGGCCGUUACACCGUGGAAACCGUCACUACAGAAGAAGGAGUGAUCUCCACGCUCACCAUGAGUAACAUCGUCCCGGCAGACUUCCAGACCAUCUACAACUGCACCGCCUGGAACAGCUUCGGCUCAGACACCGAGAUCAUACGCCUUAAGGAACAAGGUGGGAGCCAAGAAUCUCUCCCUUUGGCGGUUAUCAUCGGCAUUGCAGUGGGAGCUUUUGUGGCCCUCAUUGUCCUCAUGGGCACCAUCGGAGCAUUCUGUUGCACUCGCUCCCAGAGAAAGGAAGCGCACCUGGUUAUGCCCUCACUGCCCGUCUCCAUCUGUGCUCACCAGAGAGAACUUGCAAGCAAAAUUAAGACAGAAAAUCUGAAAGGAGUCGUGUCUGCGAAAAACGACAUCCGGGUGGAGAUUGUCCACAAAGACCACAACGCGGCACGGGAAAACGAAGAACACACCUCCAUGAAACAACUGAUGGUUGAACGCGGAGAGUUCCAGCAGGAGUCUGUUCUGAAGCAGCUGGAGGUAUUACAAGAGGAAGAGAAGGAGUAUCAGCACAUUAAGGACCCCACAAACGGCUACUACAGCGUCAAUACCUUUAAGGAGCACCACACACCCACCAUAGCUGGGAAUCAGGCCGCUGAAGUGAGGAACCCCACCAACACAGGGACCCUAGGAAAGCAGCGGGUACCAACGGGCAUGUCCUUCACCAACAUCUACUCCACCCUGGGAGCCGGACCCAACCGCCUCUACGACUACAGCCAGCGCUUCGUGCUGGGCAUGGGCAGCAGCUCCAUCGAGCUGUGCGAGCGGGAGUUCCAGCGCGCCUCGCUCAGCGACUCCAGCUCUUUUAUCGACACGCAGUGUGACAGCAGCGUCAGCAGCUACAGUAAGCCGGACGCCUAUGUGCAGUUCGACAAAGACAGCAAAGCAUCCGCCUCCUCCUCCUCCCACUACUCCCAGUCCUCCUCGCAGAACUCAGACCUCACCCGGCCGCUGCAGAAGCGCAUGCAGACCCACGUCUGACCACCUGGAAGGGAGAGCAUUUGAACGGUGGUGUAAAAAGCAGAUUGUGAGACUGUGACAGAAUCAGCUCCCAGGAGCCCCUACAGCAACAAUGUUACUGUUACCUCUGGACGCUUGAAGACGCAUGGGGCUGGCUGGCUUUAAUACACCGUCUGACUUGUUCAGACUUCUCAGUGUCCCAAAAAGUGGAUCAAGAAGCCUUAUAUUUCCCUCAAACUAAAACCAUCAGCCACCUCUUUUUAGAACCCAAUCAGAAUUGUGCCACAGAGAGGUUAUUUGCCAACACAAAUUAUUUUUUGUAAAUAAUUUGGACAUUCAUUACUCAGUUUCUGCUGUGGAAUUGUUAGCAGAGGGCAGAAUUACUACACAGGCUUUGUGUGACAAUCAGCCCCCCUGGCAAAGACCAUUCUUGCCUUUUGAAGGUUGUCAUUCAGAAAAACUCGAAUUGUUGUUAUGAGUGUUGAAACACUCAGCACAAACGUCACGAUAAUGAGUGCGAGCCAAUGUCCUGCUGCUCUCUUGUAGUUUGAAGCACAAAAAUGAAUGUGCAUGUGGUUUUUAGUUGGUAAUGCAAUAACUCGUUCCUCUCCCCACCUUCUGUUCAAACACUAUUUUAAGCUUGGCUUGUUAAAACUCGUCUCUUGUGUAGGUGGGAAAAUGAAACGUUCUCCAUGUGGCCACAGAAGUCUUGAACGUUUAAAAAAGGACUGCUUUUUCUCUCCGUGGCAGUAUCUGGGCCACAGUGCUGGGCAGAUGAAGAGGGGCUGAGAUCUCAUUUUAAAUCCCUGAGUCAUUACUUUACUGUGACACAAAAAGAAAACCAGUGUAUAUACAUGACUGUAAUUUAUUUUCUAGCGACUCUGAUUUCCCUCAUGGAGGACUUUAAAUGAGACGGCCUCUUCUUGUCCAGAACGACUUUGCCUUGAGGGUCUGUUUGAUCUGUGUCGAUACACACUUUGACUAAGAGGGAUAGACAUCAGCUGUUCUGUUGACGGGGAGCUGCAUCGUCCGAGGUGUUACCGCCUAAUCCAGCUCCGAAGCCGGCAGGAAAUCCCACAAACUGCAACAUGUGUUGUUUUUGUGAGCGCAGCAGAUCAUCAGCCAUACUCUUGAGGGUACCUGUCGAAUGAAAUGUAAACAUUAUAUUUUAUCUGAGCUUCUUAUCGUGUGGUUAUCCCAUUGCUAGAGUCAAUAUCACUGUUGACACUGGAGCUUAGUGCACCCUGACUGUGAACCUACCUGUGAUCGUGCCGGUCAUCAGGGGACAUAUCGAGCACAUUUAGAAAACGUGUUUUAUUUUGCUGUCUGCUGUUUAUCUUUGGCUACUGUGGAGCUGAUGGUGUCACACUGAUUCUCUUCAGUGCAUCCUUUUAUUUUUUUAUUUUUCUGUUCUGCACUGUACGUGACAUAUAUGAAAUCUGAAUUAUUAUUUAAUCACUGACACUGUAUUUGUUUUGGUUGAGAGUAGAGACAGCAGUGAUUUCACUUGCAGCUACAAACGCUCAUACUUUACGUAACAAUUCAAAGUGAGCCAGUUGUCAAAAGUGUCGUAGUCACGCAGCGUGCAUUUUUUUAAUGGAAAAACAAAGUAAUGAUGGGUAGUGAUGUAUUUUUGCAGUACUGAACACUGGGAAUCCUUUCUGUGUGCAUAGUGCAGAGUCUGUGGAGAAACGGGUCAAAACAUAUGCACCAUACAAUGUCAACCUAAAUGUAGACCUCUAAAUGACAUUAAAACCAUUGUUUUCUUCGUGUUAAAGAAGACCCUUUGGUUAAGGCAACUCUUUACAGCAAACAAAUGUCAUUUAUUGCAUUUCACUUGAGUUUUUAACCAUUUAAAACCUCAUAUUUCAAGGUCCGUUUAAGAAAAAUUUCAUGAAAACAGCUUGCUUGUUAUCUUAUCUAGUAUUUGAAAGGUAGAGAGAAUUUCUUUGAAAAUAGCAGCACAAUACUUCAAACUAAAUAUGACAAAGAGAAUAUUAGGUUUCAAUUUAUCUUAUGUAAUAAGAUAGUUAAGUAUCUUCCGUAGCGGAGCAUUCAAUGGGGAUUUAGUAAGCGUAAAAUAAAAAAAACGAAUAAUCAAGCACGGCAUUUCAAACAAAAGCAAGUCGUUGUUGUAAGCACUUUACGUUUGAUUAUAUUCAGGGCAUUUGAAUGGGGUUUUCCACUUGAGUGGCAGUGGUUUGGACUCUAAUUUUACAAAUGGAUUGGCGCCCGUUGUACAGCUUAAGACAAAAAGCUCUGUUUCAACGCUGAUAAUCCAGCUUGGCACUUAGCAGACUGUGUAUAAAUCUCUAACGCUGUCUUUCUCUUCAUAUCAUUUUUCCUAGCUUUUCUUUUCUUUCUCACUCGGAUUCACCAUAUUAAAGCUCGCAAAUCCACGUGGCAUCGAAACUGUACCACAGACAAUCAUUUUCUCUUUGUUCCCUUUCCAGAAAUGUCGUCAACUUUACUUGUUUCUCGCAAAUUCCAAGAAAGGCCUGUGUGAGCAGUUUCUCUUCCCAGAUCUCACGGGAGGGAAACUCUUACUCUGUACACGGAGCACACGGGAGGCUAUAGGAUGAGAAGCUGAGCUUAGCUGGGACAGCUUUGAAGUGAGUUGCAGUAAGAGGUUAUUACACCCUCAGCCCUUCUGAGAGAUGCCCAGUUGCCCAGCAAUAUAUUGCAUUAGGCACCAUGAUGACUGUCAAGUAUGCCUGUACCAUUUUUUAUAUAUAUUUUCCCAGCAUAUUUGAGUGCAGGAUCAAAUUCAUACCUUGAUUUCAGAAGGAGUCAAUUACAGUUUGAUCUAGUUGGCAUGGGAUGGGAUACCGUUUUUAUUUUUUUAUUAUUUGCAUAUGUUAUGCAUCCUUUUACAUCCACAGCUUCAGAAUUCAAUCAUAUUGACCAUUCAGUUUCCAAACACUUAGCCAUUCUCUCUCUCAAAACAAAACAAAUUUCCUCUCCAAAGGCUCCAGUUUUACUUAUCUGAUGCCGCUCCACACUGAUCCAAACGUAAUGCAUUUUCCCAGUCCAGAGAAUCUGCACACUGCACAGCAAACAGAUAAAUAUUUGAUAAGCCAGCCUUCUGUCCCAUCCCCCCCCCCAUGGCAGCCGCUACAGUGGGCAUGAGUGUACCACAGGAUGUGUGCGCCAUGUCCGUCUUUGGGAAUUAAAGCCCAUGUGUGUGCCGCACUCACCUGUGGACGCUCGGCCUGUUUGCCUGGCUACAAGCACCGCACAGAUGCCAGGGCAUAACAGAUGAAUAAACACAAAGACCCGGAACAAUUACAAGGGGGUGCUGCCCUUUGCUGAUAAAACAAAGCAACCCAUUCAGAGCAGGCAGUCUAUUUCUCAGAGAUGCUAAACGACUAGCAUGCAGUGCACUGGAUAGACAGGUAUGAGCAGUGUGAAGUGAAGACGUGUUGGUAGAUGUUUUUUAUUGGCUUCUCUGCCCACUUGCUGUAUUAUAUUUGUUUACUUACUGCACAAAACUUUUAGCUUGGUCUGAAUAAACUGAAGAAUAAAAAAUCGAUUAGAAAAUGCUGAACAUUAGUACUGCCAAUAUCUCGCCUAUGCCUGCAAAGGGUGGUUUACAUGAGGCUAUUUGAAGUCUCCCUCAUUGUAUGAUAAGUGUCACUGUCCAUGAGGGAACCCAUUAGGGAAGAUGCCAUGUUGAACAUUGAAUUGAUCAUGAUAACCCUUUCUUUACUGUGUAAAUGCUUUCUAUCACUCUGUUUCUCUCUUUUACUUAUUUUCGGUUCUACCAAUCAAUACCUUGUUAGUACUUUAAUACCAUACAACUGGAAAAAGGGGCCUGGAUUAAAUAGUAUUUGCAAAUAAUGAUCCGAGUUUGCAGGGCACAGCAGAAAUGUUUCUUGGUUUGCAGCAGACGUCCUACGCUAAGUCGCAGAAGACUGAAAAAAAUCUGCGUGAAUUGGUGGUUGAAUUGCUCUUUAUACCAGAUAACGCAAACUACUUUGCAAAUGCUACAUGAACCAGGUCUGAAAAAGUACUUAAUUUAGAUGGUCAUUUUGAGAGUUUGUAUAAAUAGUGAUCCAUAAGCUUAAUUGUAAUAAAAAAAGACAACGUGUACAUUCUACUGGGUAAACCACUAUUUUCAGGCAGUGGCCCUCUGUAUCUAAGAAAAAAAGAAAAUGGUUGUAUUAUAACUGUACUGGUCUGUGAAUCUAUGAUGCUUUUGCUCUGUAUAUUUGGAGAAUAAAAAUGAUG